AUGUACAUCCCUCCAUUCAAUAAUCCAACAGAGGUCUCCUCAGGCUGCUUCAUGUGGUUCCUCAAGAUGGGUGUAUUGGUUGAUGCAAGAGGCACUGUCCGCGUGGUCGAAUUUGCCCCUCAUCAUUUUGGGUUGAAGUUGGCAACUGUCUCUUCAAAUAAUCCCGUUCGCAUCUACGAGUGCUUGGAACAAUCAUUGCUAGCCACAUGGCAGCUCUCAGAAGAAGUCGAUGUCUCAACGCUCCCAUCUGUAUCACUGUCCUCAUCGUACUCCGUGGUGUUUGCAUUCCAUUCAAGAGCCUCAAGCUUGUCACCAACAUAUACGAGUAUAUUCUGCACAAGGUCCGUCGUCCGAUCAUCAAAUUCCUCACGAUGGACCGCUAAGCUUUUAGCAGGCAUCACCCUUCUUGCUGACAUGCGCUGGGCGUUUGCGCAUGGCAUUUGUGGUGUUGGGAAUGGCGUGGUGGAGCUUCUCAACCUGGGUGAAUUCACGCGCGACUCGGAGUACCGAUUUACAUUGCCGUUGUUGAGCCCAAGCCAAGCCGCAGCUUUGGCCUGGCUUGGGCUCACAGCUCAGCCUGAGCUUUUGCAAAGCCCAAGCCCCCCAAAGCCAGGCCUAAGCUGGGGCUUUCAGGCUGAGCCGGGCCCGCACAUCACUACUCUCAAAGCAUAA